UGAAUAUCCCGUUCAAUUGCAUUUAAUUGGAAAAUGUUUAAGGUGUAUAAUAAGUGUAGUUUGUUAAGAAAAAAUAAUUGCCAUGUGCCGGUUGUAUCGUGUUAUAAUAAACUAUUUAAAUCGACAUUAAGUAAUAGUGCCGGUUUGGAUGCUGGAUAUGUUCCUAGUAAAGUGGAAACAAAUAAUAACACAACAAAAUAUUUCGAACCACCUUUAAAGUCUUCAGAAUGCUUUACUUUAAUUUUGCCACCUCCCAAUAUUACUGGAACUUUGCAUUUAGGACAUGCUCUUACAGCUACCAUACAGGAUGUAAUGGUCCGAUGGAAUCGAAUGAGAGGUAUUGAAACCGCUUGGAUCCCUGGAUUGGACCAUGCUGGUAUAGCAACACAGGUAGUCGUAGAAAAAAAGUUGUGGAAAGAGAAAAAACUAACGCGACACGAUGUUGGUAGAGAGGAAUUCGAAAAGUUGGUAUGGAAGUGGAAAAUUGAAAACGAAAACGUCAUAAAAAAACAACUAAAACGCCUGAAUGUUUCCCUGGAUUGGGACAAAGAGACUUUCACGAUGGACGAACCGAGAAGCGAAGCUGUAACCGAAGCUUUCAUUCGACUUUUCGAUGCCGGUUUAAUCUACAGGGCCGAUCAUUUGGUCAAUUGGUCGUGUGUUUUGCAAUCUGCAAUUUCGGAUAUCGAAGUCGAGCAUCUCAACAUUGCAGGACCCACUGACGUUUCAGUCCCUGGCUACGAGAAACCGGUCAAGUUUGGUCAGUUGACCAGUUUUUCAUACAAAUUCGAAGAUUCCGAUGUGGAGGAGAUUGUGGUGAGCAGCACCCGUCUGGAAACGAUGUUGGGAGACUCAGCGGUCGCGGUGAAUCCCCGCGACGAACGCUACCUUCGACACGUGGGUCGCAAACUUCGACACCCCUUUCUAAACAAAACCAUACCAGUCAUAGCAGACGAUUUCGUCGACGUCAAUUUUGGAACCGGAGCCGUGAAAGUGACUCCUGCUCACGAUCGCACGGAUUUCGAAGCAGGAAAACGUCACGAUUUAGAGACGAUAUCCGUGAUUGACGAGAGCGGAAAAUUGACGGACGCUUGCGGGGAAUUCGCGGGUCUAGGACGCUUCGAAGCUCGAGAAAUCCUUCGAGAACGUUUAUCCAGCAUGGGACUGCUUAAGGGGACGCAGGAUCACCAAAUGAUUGUCCCCAUUUGCAGUCGAUCCAAGGAUGUGGUGGAGCUCCUGGUGCGCCCACAAUGGUUCGUUAGGUGCGACGGAAUGGCCGCAAAUGCGGUGAGGGACGUGAAGGAAGGACGCCUGACCAUCGAUCCGCCGCACUUCGACAAAACCUGGUUUAAUUGGCUCGAAAAUAUACGCGACUGGUGCGUUUCGAGACAGCUCUGGUGGGGUCAUCGAAUACCAGCGUACGAAUGUUCCGCGGGGAAUGACGUGGUGUGGGUAGCGGCCAAAAGUGUUGAGGAAGCGCGUAAAAAAGCCUUGGAAAAGUUAAACCUUAAUGAAAUUGGUAAAAUCAACGUUAGACAGGAUGAAGAUGUUUUGGACACGUGGUUUUCGUCUUCGCUACUUCCUUUUUCUGCUUUCGGAUGGCCCAAACAGACCGCCUUGCUGUCCAAACACUACCCGUUGAGCGUAAUGGAAACCGGACACGACAUCCUGUUUUUCUGGGUGGCCCGCAUGGCAAUGCUAGGGGCCCAAUUAAACGGGGGACAACUUCCCUUCGACAAGGUCCUCUUGCAUGGCAUCGUGUGCGAUUCUCACGGGGCCAAGAUGUCCAAGAGUCUGGGCAACGUCAUUUCCCCGGAUGACGUCAUCAACGGGGCAUCGCUAAAGGACUUGGAGGCGGGUUCGAGGGCGGCCCAUUCGUCAGGCAUUUUAUCGGAAGAAGAGCUGGACAGGUCUGUUCGCGGACACAAAAAAAUGUUCCCGGAAGGAAUCCCACAGUGCGGUGCUGACUCGCUGCGUUUCACGCUCUCAUCGCAUAACAUUAAAAAUCAUUUUAUUAACUUUGACGUGUCUGAAUGUUACACCAACAAACUGUUUGGAAACAAAAUUUGGCAAGCGACAAAGUUUACGAAAUUAUGGUUCGACAAUGUUUCUAAUGAGCGGCAAUUAAAUAAACGGCCACCAAAUCUGGACGAUUUGCAUCCCAUGGACAAGUGGAUUCUAAGUAAACUGGAUGGAAUGGUUUCUGUGGCCAAUGAAGGUUUCGAAAAUAACAAUUUUCAUGUCGUCACUCAUGCGCUCAAGAACUUUUUAUACUUUGAAUUUUGCGAUGUUUAUUUGGAAAGCACUAAAAGGGGUCUACGCGAGUUAAAUUCAUUGCGUGCAGCAAGCCACGUGUGGACCCUGCUCACUUCGUUGGAUGUGGGGCUGAGGGUCCUGGCCCCCUUCAUGCCGACCCUGGCUGCUCAUUUGCACUCUUAUCUGCCUCUGACCGAAAGGAAUCUCUACUUUCCACAAGACCUGAACUGGAAAAAUGAGCAGCUAGAAAAAGAAAUAUCGGAUGUAAUGAGUGUAGUAAUAGCGAUCAGACGGCUAAAAAAAAUGUUUAACGUAGUUGGGAAACAUAAACCAGAAGCAUUUAUUAUUAGUAAUGACCCAGUAUUUUCAAACUUGUCCGAAACAAUUGAAGACCUAGCGAGCUGUCAUAAAAUUAACAUUCACGGCUCAUCGUCGGAAUUAAAUUUGAAAAAUACGGUGGUUGAUAAUGUUGGCAACACUGUUUUGCAUUUAAUAGUACCGCAGGAAUUAAUACAGGCAUUGGAAAUGGAUUCAGCAAAAAUGGAAAAGAAGAAAGAAAAAUUGCUAAAGGAACUGGAAAAAAUGAACAAGAUGGUUUCCGGAAGUACAUACAACGUAAAUGUGGCACCGGAAGUUCAAGAAUCCCACUCGAACAAGAUUGCGGGUCUGCAGGAAAAAUUGUCUAGAAUAAAUUAUAUCGAAACUCUCACCAAGUAGUGUAGUUUGUUUCCUUAAUUUUGUACAUAAUAAAUUAUUUUAAUUCCGUAAAUUG